AUGAACCAGCCAAGUCAGUACCAGGCGUCUCGGAGAACAGGGACGUACUCAUCGUCGCAAGGGGACCCAAACGUGAGCCAGCAUCAACAACACCAGGGCCAGUCUCCCCGCGACUACGCCGCCACCGGCCCGCCUCCACACAUUAAGCUCGACCCCGUCCAAAGCUACGGCCAACAACCCGGAGCCCUGCAAAACGUGCCAAACGUCCUGCAGCCCGGAGGCAUGGCUGCGCGACAACAGGCUCAGCUGCCGUCGAAUGCCCCGCCGCCCACAGUUUCCAGCAUGCAAUCGCAGUCCGACUACCACUCGACACAUCAGUCUCCCUCCAAGUCCGCUUCGCUGGCCCUGACCCAUUCUUCGUACUCACGCUCCAGUCCGUCGGGCUACGAGCCCGCUUCGAGCUCCAGUUAUAUGCCUUAUUCCCCCACUGCCGCCGGAACUACCGCCAGCUCGUCGCAGUACAUGUCGCCCACUGAGCCCAAAUACAGCAGCUCGGCGGGCUCGCAGCGGCCGCUCGGGUUGGCAGAUAUUCGGCCUCGCGCUGAUUCAAGCCUCUCCGACGGACUGCCCGGAUCGUCGGACUCACCGCUGGCGAAUAUCAAGCCCCGCACCAGCCAAUAUGUCGCGCCUUGGGCCCUCUACGCCAUCGACUGGUGCAAAUGGGCUCCCCAAGGCAACAGUGCCGGCAAACUUGCUGUCGCAAGCUACCUUGAAGAUGGGCAUAACUUUAUUCAAAUCCUCGAUGCACAUCUGGCGCCCACGCCGUCGGAUGUUUAUGUCCCCGGCGGAUCUAAGUACACAAUGGAGUUCAAGAAGAUCGCUGAAGCUACCCAUUCAUACCCGGUGACCCGUCUGCUCUGGGAACCGCCCUCGGCACAGAAGCAAUCUACCGACCUCCUCGCGACCUCAGGUGACCAUCUGCGGCUCUGGUCGCUUCCAUCCGAUCCUCAACCACAAACCCCCGGCUCGUCCAUAACAUCUAGGAGUGGCCGCGAUAGAAAUGUAGUGAAGCUGACUCCUUUGGCGUUGCUGUCGAACUCCAAGACACCCGACCAUACUGCCCCCCUGACGUCGCUCGACUGGAAUACCGUCCAGCCCAGCCUGAUUAUUACCUCGAGUAUCGACACAACAUGCACGAUCUGGGAUAUCCCGUCGUUGACAGCUAAGACUCAGCUUAUUGCCCACGAUAAGGAGGUCUACGACGUACGCUGGUGUGCUAAUAGCCACGAUGUCUUCCUCAGCUGCGGUCAGGAUGGCAGCGUGCGCAUGUUUGACCUGCGCAGCUUAGAGCACAGCACCAUCAUUUACGAGCCGACAGGCAAGGAGGAUAGAGUCGAUGCCAAUGGAGGUCGCAUGUCCCCUACAACAGCCCAACAAACCCUCACACACCCUCCUCCCCUUCUUCGUCUGGCCACCUCCCCUCACGACACUCACCUGCUCGCUACCUUCGCACAAGACAGUCCCGUGGUCCGCAUCCUCGACGUUCGCCAGCCAGGCCAGGCCCUCCUGGAGCUUCGCGGGCACGGCGGCGCAGUUAACUGCGUGGAAUGGUCCCCCUUGCGGCGCGGGACCCUUGCUACGGGCGCCGAUGACUGCCAGGUUUUGAUCUGGGAUCUGCUCAAUAGCAGCACAAGCAUCAACGGAAGCCAUGGACAUCAUCACCAUCACCACCAUCACCACUCGAGCCAUCGCGGGCAUCAUAGGGACGAUUAUGUCCGUGGGCCGGUGGCAGUAUGGCAGAGUGAGCAUGAGGUGAAUCAUUUGGGCUGGGCGCCGAGGUUGGCGGGUACGGAUUAUGGAGAAUGGCUUGGCGUAAGCUCUGGGAGGGCGAUCACCGCGGUAAGGGCUGCUUAG